GCUCCACAUGAACGCAUAGAGACGCUCCUCGGUUCUGAAAGCUUUCCUCUCCUCUCACAUCAGAACUUUUACCUGCAGCACCACAACCGGAUUGAUUGGAGAGCUUUUGAGCAUAAUGGAUUCAGACGGUUUGGUAGUUUUAUGUCUCCAGGAGGACUAUAGGGGAGCGUGAGAGGAGACAGGAGACAGGAGGAGAGGGUGGGACAUUUCAGCUAUGGAGCUCACCAUGGAGAACCUGCACAGCGUCUCCUCCUCGCACUCCCAGCUGCAGGUGGGAGACCUCAUGAGCUCUCCGCACGCGCGUCCGUCUCCAUCCCCGAGCUCCGCGCCCAGGAAUCUAGUUGGUGCACGGUCAUCAUCCAUGGUGUCCGGCAUGCUCCUGGAGGGCUCCGGUGGCGGGGACUACCGGACGGACCCGUCUGCUGCGCUCUCCGGUAGUCACCUGCACCCGUCCAUCAGCAGCAUGUGCGACACCACCGGGAUGAGCCUCAGCAACACGUACACCACCUUAACUCCUCUGCAGCAUCUACCUCCCAUCUCCACCGUGUCGGAGAAGUUCCACCACCACCACCACCACCCGCACUCCUCGCACCACCACGCCGCCCAUCAGCGCCUCUCCGCCGGGAACGUCAGCGGCAGCUUCACGCUGAUGCGCGGCGACGACCACCGGGGGCUCGCCUCCUCCAUGAGCAACCUGUACUCUCACUACCCCAAAGAGAUGUCCGUGUCCGGGAUGAGUCACGGCUCGCUGUCCCCGCUGUCCUCUUUGCACACUAACUCCCAGCAGCAGCAGCUAUACGGUCCGAGCAGCGCGCACCUCUCCACGGACUCCAAGCUGCUCUCUCCGGUACCCGGGUUCGAGUCACACGCGUCCAUGCUGUCCCAAGAGCACCUGGCGAGGAGUUUAGGCAGCCACGGCCACGGGAUGAUCUCCAACCUCAACGGCAUGCACCAUCACCACCACCACCCGCACAGUCACCUGCACACCCAGAAUGUGAUGCUGGGCGACCGGGAGAGGCUGGGUCACGCAGCCGGCCAGGGAGCAGCAGGCUCGGGCAUGCAGGGCGAGGAAAUCAACACAAAGGAGGUGGCUCAGAGGAUAACGGCCGAGUUAAAGCGGUACUCCAUCCCGCAGGCCAUAUUCGCUCAGAGGAUCUUAAGCAGGUCGCAGGGGACCCUCUCAGACCUGCUCCGGAACCCCAAACCCUGGAGUAAGCUCAAGUCCGGCCGGGAGACCUUCAGGAGGAUGUGGAAGUGGCUGCAGGAGCCUGAGUUUCAGAGGAUGUCUGCUCUCCGACUGGCUGCAUGUAAACGUAAGGAGGAGGACCGAGGACGAGAGCGCAACCAGGUGCCAAAAAAGCAGCGACUGGUCUUCACCGACCUGCAGCGUCGCACCUUGGUAGCCAUCUUCAGAGAGAACCGCCGGCCCUCCAAGGAGAUGCAGAUCACCAUCUCCCAGCAGCUGGGCCUGGAGCUCUCCACCGUCUCCAAUUUCUUCAUGAACGCACGCCGCCGCAGUACGGACCGCUGGGACACAGAGGAGCACAGCCACGGGGUGCACGGCCACGGCCACAUGCACACUCCUCACGGAAACAACAACAACUCUUCACCGAUCCUACCCGGCACCUCCUCUGCAGCCACUUUCUCUAAGGCCUGACGGUGGCAGGAUGGAUGGUUGAACAGAUGCAUGGAGGAUGGAGGAGGGGGGGAUGAUUUCCACUAAAGCACUCCGAUCCUGCAGAGCUACAGGGUGUGUAGCUUCAGACCACUCAUCUGAUUCAUCUGCUCACAGUGCUCAUGAUGACUUGUGCAGAUGAAUCAGAUCUUCUCAAUGUGUUUUCUUUUAAAUCUGAAUGUUACUCGUAGGGGUUAACACGCAUUUUCAACCUGUGGCUCUUCAAACCAAAGAUCCAGCAGCACUGAGAGAAUUGCCCUCAAACAACCACAUGUGGCUGUUUGUAAAUCCACCUGAAAACCAAAGAAAAUCCACGUCCACUAAACCACAUGGUGGGUCUGUGUUGAGGCCUUGAAAAGGGAGGGUGUAAGGAUGUAAACACACCAAAGAAUCACUCAUGACAGGGAACAGAUAGCUUCUGACAGGAAAACCUUGAAUAGCCGCACGUCGGUCUUCACAAAUCAGACAGAAAUCAGACAGCAGAUGUGUCUGCCGGGCCGUGAUCCACCGCUCCUCAUUUCAGUAACAGACACCGAGGCUGAUUGAGAGGUGCGUCUGUGAGUCAAGUGUCUGUGAAACGCUCUCAGCAGGUCCUUUGACCCUCUAACCGCACACCACCACCUCACGGCUCUGCAUCACUGCAAGCGCGCGUGUGCAUGAUGUUCACAUGCUGCUCCUGGGGUGUAAUUCCUCUGCAGUGAUUCGGCCUGCUCAACGUCAGAGUAACAGUGCCACCUGCUGUCCAUUUAAACCACAUCUGAGCAUGUUGUGAGCUUGUAGUUAGAGCUCCAGCAGGCCGACGGCAACACAGUUUCUAUUAGGUUACCAAUACUCCACGUAAGCAGACGUGUAGCCCUGCAAACACCAAACUAACAGACAAAACUACUCACAAACGCUUUGAUACACAUUUGAAUGUUUGUUUCUUAAGACUCGUCGUACGGCGACAUGGCUGUAGACCGCGUGGCCACUUGAGAGGUUAUUUUCAGGUUACAAAAAGGAGAACAAUCAAACAGGGAUGACACUCCCCACGUUUAAAAAAAAAGAAGUGUCGUGUCCGAGUGUAGGGAGCGAGGGAGCGAGGGAGGGAGGGUCUGCUCUGUUCUAGUGGCCAAACGCAGAGGUCAAAUGUCACAAUAUAGGAUCCUGAGUGCCAAUGACGUUUGCCUCUUUAUGAUAAUCAGAGAACAGGUGCGGCCCGCUCCGUCGCCAUGCGCCCCCCGCUGUGUCUGGCCUGUGUCAUUUACAACCGUCGAGCACUACGCGGGCACGUUGCCUAUUCCAUACCUCAGAAAAAACAUUGAUGUGAUCGACGUGAAACACAAUGAAAAUGACUGUAAAUAAUAUUUAAUUUCAUCUCUCUGUCUUAUCUAUUCUCUAUUUAUCUACUCUCUUGCUACUCCCCU